UCUGCGCGGACCCCCAGCAGGAUACACGAGCCCAGCCAGGCACGACCAGUCGAUUGUCGCACGACGACGACGACGACGACGACGACGAUGAUGAUGAUGAUGGUCAGGCGGCGCGUGCUCUUCAUCCUCUCCAGCCUGUGCGCGAGCAUCUUUGGAGUGGAAGGGACAAAAAUCAAAGCAAAAGGCGGCCACGGCCAGUUCCCCAUCACUCAGAACGUGACGGCGCUGGAGGAGGCGGCUGCCAACAUGACCUGCAGGGUGGACUUUAAUGACAACACCUCCCUCCAGUGGUCCAACCCGGCGCAGCAGACCCUCUUCUUCGGGGACAAGAAAGCUCUGCGCGACAACCGGAUCGAGUUGGUGCGUGCGUCCUGGCAGGAACUGACCAUCCGCAUCAGCAACGUGAGCCUGGCGGACGAGGGCCAGUACACGUGCUCGCUCUUCACCAUGCCCGUCAAAACCACCAAGGCCUUCCUCACCGUCUUAGGAGUACCACAGCGGCCCGAGAUCACCGGCUUCACUCGACCCGCCUUGGAGGGCGAAGUCAUCGCUCUCACUUGCACCACCUCGGGCAGCAAGCCUGCCGCACACCUCAGGUGGUUCAGGAACGACAAGGAAGUACAAGGCUCCAUGGAGGUGACGCCCAGGGGGAAAUCCUUCGUGGUGACGAGCAGCUUGUACUUCCAGGUGCAGCGAGGGGACGACGGCGUGGCCUACACCUGCAUGGUGGAGCACGGCUCUCUCAACAACCCCUACAUGACCACCGAAGUCCUGGAGGUCCACUACGCUCCUCGUGUGGACAUCAGACAUUCCAUGAACGUCCCCCAGGAGGGACACUACUUCAAACUGGAGUGCUUCUCCCGAGGAAACCCCAUCCCAGAACCGGUGUUGUGGUCCAAAGAUGGCGGCGAGCUGCCCGACAUGGAGCGAAUGAUCGUGGAGGGCAGCGAGCUGACCUUCACGUCGCUGAACAAAACGGACAAUGGCACGUAUCGCUGUGACGCCAGCAACCUCUUGGGGAGCAGCAGGGCCGAAUACGUGCUCUUUGUUUACGAUCCAAACGCGGUCGGACAGCACGGCCCCGACCACGCUUUAAUCGGCGGCGUCGUGGCGGUGGUGGUCUUCAUCACGCUGUGUUUGAUCAUCGUCUUGGGGCGCUACCUCGCCAGACAUAAAGGGACGUAUCUCACGCACGAGGCCAAAGGGGCGGAGGACGCCCCCGACGCCGACACCGCCAUCAUCAACGCCGAGGGCAACCACAUGCACACCGAGGAGAAGAAGGAGUAUUUUAUUUAGGCUUUUUUUUCUUCUUUUUUUUUUACCAGACAUGCAAUUUGAAGCUGCCUCAAUGUGACCACAUGAUCGCCCACUUCCUCCUUUACUUUGUUGCCAUUUGCGGACAAUAUCUGACAUGUUUUAGCUAGCAGGACGCUUCGCUGUUAACAUCCGGGGGGGGGGGUCAUUUUAAGGGAUGGUUACCCGCCACAAUAAUGCACAGCGAGAUCCCAAAGUCAACCCGGGAAAAAAAAAAAAAAAAAAAAGAAGCACAAUCUUCUGGUUAUCUGUUGGCGUUCCUUUUUCCCGCUGCGACUAAAAAGCACAAAUAGUGAGGGCUGGCGGAGGAAGAAGCCACGACCUGCAUCUCGUCUCAGGAGUGCAGAAGACAGAAGAGUUCAGUUUGCAAGUAGAAACCUGACCGACGUUUGGUUUGCGAGUGGAAACCUGGCAAACGAUUAGUUUGCGAGUGGAAACCUGGCAAACGAUUUGUUUGCGAGUAGAAACCUGGCAAACAAUGAGUUUGCGAGUGGAAACCUGGCAAAUAAUUAGUUUGCAAUUGACAACCUAGCAGACAGUUUGCGAGUGGAAACCUGGCAUACGAUUAGUUUGCGAGUGCAAACCUGGCAAACAAUUAGUUUGCAAUUGGAAACCUGGCAGACGAUUAGUUUGCGAGUGGAAACUUGGCAAACGAUUAGUUUGCAAGUGGAAACCUGGCAAAUGAUUAGUUUACGAGUGGAAAACUGGCAAACGAUGAGUUUGCGAGUGGAAACCUGGCAAAUAAUUAGUUUGCAAUUGACAACCUGGCAGACAAUUAAUUUGCGAGUGGAAACUUGGCAAACGAUUCGUUUGCGAGUGGAAACCUGGCAAACGAUUAGUUUGCGAGUGGAAACCUGGCAAACGAUUAGUUUGCGAGUGGAAACCUGGCAAACGAUUUGUUUGUGAGUGGAAACCUGGCAGACGAUUAGUUUGCGAGUGGAAACCUGGCAAACGGUUAGUUUACGAUUGGAAACCUGGCAGACGAUUAGUUUGCGAGUGGAAACCUGGCAAAUGAUUUGUUUGCGAGUAGAAACCUGGCAAACAAUUAGUUUGCGAGUGGAAACCUGGCAAACAAUUAGUUUGCGAGUGGAAACCUGGCAAACGAUUAGUUUACAAGUGGAAACCUGGCAGACAAUUAGUUUGCGAGUGGAAACUUGGCAAACAAUUAGUUUGCGAGUGGAAAACUGGCAAACAAUUAGUUUGCAAGUGGAAACCUGGCAGACGAUUAGUUUGCGAGUGGAAACCAGGCAAACAAUUAGUUUGCGAGUGGAAACCAGGCAAACAAUUAGUUUGCGAGUGGAAACCUGGCAUACGAUUAGUUUGCGUGUGGAAACCUGGCAAAAAUGUGUUUGCGAUUUAAAACCUGGCAGACGAUUAGUUUGCGAGUGGAAACCUGGCAAACGAUUAGUUUACAAGUGGAAACUUGGCAGACAGUUUGCGAGUGGAAACUUGGCAAAAAUUUGUUUGCGAUUUAAAACCUGGCAGACGAUUAGUUUGCAAGUGGAAACCUGGCAAACAAUUAGUUUGGGAGUGGAAACCUGGCAAACAAUUAGUUUGGGAGUGGAAACCUGGCAAACAAUUAGUUUGCAAGUGGAAACCUGGCAGACGAUUAGUUUGCGAGUGGAAACCUGGUAUACGAUUAGUUUGCGAGUGGAAACCUGGUAUACGAUUAGUUUGCGAGUGGAAACCUGGCAAAUAAUUAGUUUGCAAUUGGAAACCUGGCAGACGAUUAGUUUGCGAGUGGAAACCUGGCAAACGAUUAGUUUGCGAGUGGAAACCUGGCAAACGAUUCGUUUGUGAGUGGAAACCUAGCAGACGAUUAGUUUGCGAGUGGAAACCUGGCAAAAAUUUGUUUGCGAUUUAAAACCUGGCAGACGAUUAGUUUGCGAGUGGAAACCAGGCAAACAAUUAGUUUGCGAGUGGAAACCUGGCAUACGAUUAGUUUGCGAGUAGAAACCUGGCAAACAAUUAGUUUGCAAUUGGAAACCUGGCAGACGAUUAGUUUGCGAGUGGAAACCUGGCAAACGUUUACGGGAGAAACUAUGCUCAACGUGUGAAUAUUGCUGUUAAAUACUUUGCUAACGACGUGAAUAUUUCUGAAGGAUGUUGUUCAGUCUUUAGAUCCCUGGUGCAUUUGUACAUUUUCCCUCGUAUGUAUGGUUGCCGUCCAAUGAAAAUACUUUUUGAAAUGAAAUGAAUUCAUGUUGGCAGUGAAUGGAUCACGACAAGCCAUAGCAAAGAAAAAUUAAAGAUGAGAUCUCCUUUAUGUCUCAUUUCUAACUCCGAGACAUAAAGUCUCACUCUCGCAGUUCUCAUACUUUUUUUUUAAUAAUUGAAGGUGGGUUGUCCAAUCUUGAAAGACAGCAGCAGUUUAGUGGUGAUGCAUUCACUGCCCUGACAACACAAGAACCUGCUGAAGGACAACUUGGAGACGAUUGUUGACGUUGCACACCUGAAAUAUUUAAGGGGUUUUCAUUUGUUUUUGGGGUUGGUGUAAAUAGCGUCUAAGGAUUGGACUUCGAAAGAAAAAUCCGUAGUUUUAACCAGGGGUGUCCUGAUACUACCUGUCCACGUCCGAUACUUUGGAGGCUUGAGUAUUGGCCGAUACCGAUAUUAUUUCGAUACGAUAUCAGCAGGAAUCAUACAUACUUGUAUCAUUUAGUAGUGUGGAAUGUUAGAGAAGGUUUGAUCAAGUGAAAUGAGUCGAACCUAUUUAUUAUUGUGAAGGGAAUUAUAUUUAUAUAGCGCUUUUCUCUCGUGACUUUACAUAGUGAAACCCGUUGUCAGGUUCAAACACUGAUGACAUCUAUUAAACAAGACAGGAGGCAAAGAAUUAAACAGAGACAGAAUUCCAUUUGGACUCAAUAUAUUGAGGAGAGUCGCCCGGACAUUGUAUCCUUCUACAAUCUCCAGCACGUUCUGCCAAAACAUUGCACUUCUCCUUCUUUAUUUGACUUUCUCCGACCACCUGACCACCGCUUCCACUUCCAGAGGGAAAUGGGUCGUAAACAGCCUUGCCUUUGGUUACAGAAUAGUUCAAAAGAAGAGGUCGCAAAAUAGUUCAAAAAGAGGUCCAUGAAAUAGUUCAAAGAGAGUUCGUAAAAUACUUCAAAAAGAGUUUGUCUGGAAAUUGGGCAGAUCCUGCCAUAUGUCCGCUUUGAAGUCCUUGGGUUUAGAACAAUAUCUUUCUGUUGAUUACCAUACAUGAGAGGAAACAGAAAACCCUGGAGUUUUUACGAGCCUUCUUCUUGGUAGGUUUCAAAGACAGCUUUUGCACCCAUUAUCUAAGUUACAUUUUUAAACCAGUGUGGAGUGGCACUGGGUGCAAGUGGGUAAAGUGUCUUGCCCAAGGACACAACGGCUGUGACUAGGAUGGCAGAAGCGGGGGCCGAACCUAAAACCCGAGCUACGCUGCCCAGGAAUAGACUUUUGCUGUCUUUAAGUUGAAGUGGAGUUGUUUUUUGGCAACACCCACGGGUCUCAAUAAUUCAUUGAGUUAAGCAAAUUGAGUUAAAUUGAAUGAUGCGGACACGUUUAUUACUGGAUACUUUCUAACACGCUCCUGCUUUGGAGAGAUUUGUGUAAGUAAUAUGCAACUAUAAUUAUUAGAUACUUGUUCAAUGUCACCUUUUCUUCUUCUUUGAUGAUUAUUACCUACGUCUAGCUGGUGUGCUAUUGUGUGCUUAGCUGUUGUGUAGCUGCUACCUCCUAGUGGCCUAUAGCCUAGCAUGUUUACCUUUUUGUAAAUGACUUUAGUAAAAAAGAAGAACUGGUGUGUCUAUUGUAGGACAUUUAGAUUUUAACUGUCUGUCCAGCUUUGCGCAAGUAAACUCGCUGCAGGGCUGCUUGUGUCGCACAUGACAUCGCACGCGAGUAAACACGCUGCAGGACUGCUUGUAUCGCACACAAGUAAACAACGCUGCAGAGCUGCUUGUAUCACACAUGAUAUCAAGCGCUAGUAAACACGGUGCAGGGCUUCCUGUAUCACACGUGACAUCGCACGCAAGUAAACACGCUGCAGGACUGAUUGUAUCGCACACAAGUAAACAAUGCUGCAGAGCUGCUUGUAUCACACCUGAUAUCACGCGCUAGUAAACACGCCACAGGGCUGCUUGUAUCGCACGUGACAUCGCACGCAAGUAAACACGCUGCAGGACUGCUUGUAUCGCACACAAGUAAACAACGCUGCAGAGCUGCUUGUAUCGCACAUGAUAUCAAGCGCUAGUAAACACGGUGCAGGGCUGCCUGUAUCGCACGUGACAUCGCACGCAAGUAAACACGCUGCAGGACUGAUUGUAUCGCACACAAGUAAACAACGCUGCAGAGCUGCUUGUAUCGCACAUGAUAUCACGUGCUCGUAAACACGGUGCAGGGCUGCCUGUAUCGCACGUGACAUUGCACGCAAGUAAACACGCUGCAGGACUGCUUGCAUCGCACACAAGUAAACAACGCUGCAGAGCUGCUUGUAUCGCACAUGAUAUCACACACUAGUAAAUAUGGUGCAGGGCUGCUUGUAUCGCACAUGACAUCGCACGUAAGUAAACACGCUGCAGGACUGUUUGUAUCGCACACAAGUAAACAACGCUGCAGAACUGCUUGUAUCGCACCUGAUAUCACGUGCUAGUAAACACGAUGCAGGGCUGCCUGUAUCGCACACAAGUCAACAACGCUGCAGAGCUGCUUGUAUCUCAUAUGAUAUCACGCGCUAGUAAACACGCUGCAGGGCUGCCUGUAUCGCACAUGACAUUGCACGCAAGUAAACACGCUGCAGGACUGCUUGUAUCGCACACAAGUAAACAACGCUGCAGAGCUGCUUGUAUUGCACAUGAUAUCACACGUUAGUAAACACGCUGCAGGGCUGCUUGUAUCGCACACAAGUAAACAACGCUGCAGAGCUGCUUGUAUCGCACGUGAUAUCACGUGCUAGUAAACACGGUGCAGGGCUGCUUGUAUUGCACAUGACAUCGCACGCAAGUAAACACGCUGCAGGACUGCUUAUAUUGCACACAAGUAAACAACGCUGCAGAGCUGCUUGUAUCGCACAUGAUAUCACGUGCUAGUAAACACGCCGCAGGGCUGCUUGUAUCGCACAUGACAUCGCACGCAAGUAAACACGCUGCAGAACUGCUUGUAUCGCACACAAGUAAACAACGCUGCAGAGCUGCUUGUAUCGCACGUGAUAUCACGUGCUAGUAAACACGGUGCAGGGCUGCUUGUAUUGCACAUGACAUCGCACGCAAGUAAACACGCUGCAGGACUGCUUAUAUUGCACACAAGUAAACAACGCUGCAGAGCUGCUUGUAUCGCACAUGAUAUCACGCGCUAGUAAACACGCCGCAGGGCUGCCUGUAUCGCACAUGAUAUUACACAAGUAAAAAUGCUGCAGGACUGCUUGUAUCGCACACAAGUAAACAACGCUGCAGAGCUGCUUGUAUCGUACAUGAUAUCAUGCGCUAGUAAACACGCUGCAGGGCUGCCUGUAUCACACAUGAUAUCGCACACAAGUAAAAACGCUGCAGGGCUGCUUGUAUCGCACACAAUGUCACACGCUCGUAAACACGCUGCAGGACUGCUUGUAUCGCACAUUAUGUCACACAUUUUACAUGCGAGCCAAUAACAACCAAUAAUAGUUUUUUGCUGAUAUCGGAUCGAUUGCUGAUAUCAGUAUCGGAUCGGGACACCCCCGCUUCUAACUGAAUUUUCAUCUUAUUCUCCAUCUUUUCUAUGAAGGACUAGCACAGCCACGUUAAAAUAAAAAUAAAAAAGACAAUUAAGUAGUAAAAAAAACAAAUAACAUUUUCAAUAUCAAAAAGUCAUAAUUUUACACAAUUUUUGUUAUUUUAUGAGAGUAAAAUUGCAGAAAGUUAUCUUGUACUUAAAAAAAAAAAAAAAAGGAGGUAAAGGAAUAAACUUUUUGUCUUAAUUUUCUGACAGUUUGUGGAGAUAGGUGAAACGAUACUGAAGCAUUAUGAAACACAAGGAGUGAUACUGUAUCGCUCGAUGCCUGCAUGUGUGCGUCACUUUAAGAAAAAUAACAUGUGACUGCUGUGUUGGUCGACGCCAAACUGUGUUCAUCAGGAGGCCUCUUUCGGCUCACAAGUGACAGCUCAUACUGAAAGGAGUGGCGUGAUGCCUUUGAUAUCAAUAUUCGGGUUUUUUUCAUUAUUUAAUUAUUUAAUUUCCUUUGUUGGUCAAAUGUAGUAACGUUUUUUUUUAAUCCAGCAGAUGGCGGUGUCAGUGCAGCCUCAAUACAGCUAGUGAGUGUGCCAAACACUCAUGUAGCCAUCACUACAAUAAAGCUGUUCAGUGAACGUUUGGAAAAUAGUCUCCUUUUAUUCAAAUGUGGCCGUGGUCAUGCAAAAAACAAUGUGAAUAUCGAAUAAAACAAAAUAUUAUAAUAUAACUUUUUUAUUUGCCAAAAUGAAUACAUGAAAUGUUGUACAUAAACUAAUAUUAAAAACAUUAUUUAUAGUUGCAACAAUAAUGUAAAAUAAUAAUUUAUUUUUUUUCAUGAAAAAUGUCUUUUUAUUCUCCUUUUUUGCUACUUAAUUGUCAUGAUUGAUUUAGUGUUGUAACAUUGAUUUAGUUUUCAGUGUGGCUCCAAUGACUCCUUCAACAGGGAUCCUAAUGAGGGCAAAAAAGAGAAACCGUACGUCUGUCUUACACUCCUAUUAUUAUGACCAGUGCUAUUCUUACUAGUUCAGUCAUGGUUUGUUGAUCAUAAGAAUGGACACCAGGAUCACCGUUAUGGCCUUUGAGUUUGCUGCAAACGUUGGUGAAUCAAACACGCCCACGCUGUAUAAAAGGUCACAUGACACACCGACGCUGUAUAAAAGGUCACAUGACACACCGACGCUUCUUUUCACGCCAUUAGGAACUCAUUUUGUUAGAAAAAAACUACAAACAAACAAAAAAAAUACUUUUCAAAUUGCUGUAAUUAGCUUUUUAUGAGGGGGGGGGUAUUAAUGUGUGUUUGUGUAUGUGUGCGUGCGUGUUUAUUUGUGUGUGUGUGUGUGUGUGUGUGUGUGUGUGUGUGUGUGUGUGCGUGUAUGAAUGUGUGCGCGUGUUUGUGUAUGAAUGUGUGUGUGCGUGUGUAUAAAUGUGUGUAUGAAUGAAUGUGUGUGUGUGUGCGUGUGUGUAUAAAUGUGUGUGUGUGCGUGAUUUUUUUCUUCCUAGCUUAAUAUUGAAUAUUGAUUUUCCACUCUGCCAUGUAAAGCAAAGAGAUGAAGAGAAAAGAACAAGAAGAUUAAAACAUGAAUUUAAAGUCUAAACUUGUUGUCUUUUUCUUUUUCUUCUUUUUAAAUGUUCCUUUUCCUCCUUUUUGCUUUCUGUAUUUAAUUGUUUCUCCUUUUCCUUUUUAUACCUCUUUUUUAAUUUAUUUUUCCAUUAAUUUGACUUUUAAUUUUCCCUCUUUUCUCUUUUCUUUCUGUAUUUCUGUCUCUUUUUUUUUUUUUUCAUGUGUGUUCCUUGAUUCAUUUUUCCUUCCUUUUCUGUUUUUUUUACUCGUUUUCUUUAAUUAGUUUUUUUCCUUUUUCAGUUUUUCUGUAUUUCUUUACAUUUUCUUCCUUUUUUUUGUUCAUUUUAUUUUCUGUUCCUUUUCCAUUCCAUGUUGCCUUCUCUUUUUAUUCUUCUAUUUAAAUGUUCCUUUUCCUCCUUUUUGCUUUCUGUAUUUAUUUCGUUUUUCUCCUUUUCAUACCUCUUUUUUUUUUCCUUUUUCCAUUAAUUUGACUUUUAAUUUUCCUCUUUCUUUCUCUUCUCUUUCUGUAUUUUUGUCUCUUUUUUUCCUUUUUAUUCCUUGAUUAAUUUUUCUUUCCUUUUCUAUUUUUUUCCUUUUUUUCUUUAGUUUUUUCCUUUUUCAGUUUUUUCUGUAUUUCUUUACAUUUUCCUUCCUUUUUUUUCCUGUUUAUUUUAUUUUCUGUUCCUUUUCCAUUCCAUGUUGCCUUCUCUUUUUAUUCUUCUAUUUAUUUUUCUUCUUAAUUUUAUAUACAUUUUUAUUUAUUUUCCUCUUUUCUUUUUCUGUCUUUCCCUUCUCUCAAACCUCUCGUCCUUUUUCUUCCAUCCUCCUGACAAGGCGAGGAGGUAGGAGAGGGGCACUCUGCACUCUGUAAUUCGACAGCAGUAUCGGCC